ACCGAUGUUUUUAUAAUGCUAAUAGGUUCAGUAUUAACAUACAGAUUGAAGCAAAUAUCCAAAAAAAUUCAACACACGGCAACAUGCAGAGUAAAUGAUGUUAUUGUUUGGAAAACUAUAAGAAAAGACUAUACUCGGAUAUCCCAACUAUGUUAUAUUGUCAACGAAAGAUUAUCAGGUGUAAUAAUAACUUGUUUUCUUUUGGAUCUGUACUUCAUUCUUUUGCAACUGUAUAAGAGUCUCAAACCAAUUGAAAGUAUCGUUGAAAAAAUUUAUUUCUACAUAUCUUUUGCAUUGUUAUUAACUAGGAUAUUUUGUAUAUGCAUUUUUGGUGGAGAAGUAUUUGAGGAAUGGAAGAAUAUUCGUUUCUAUUUGAAUACCGUAGCAACUUCGGCUUACAAUUUGGAGAUUGAAAGAUUGACUUAUCAUGUAGCAACGUGGGAAUUAUCAUUAUCUGGAAAAAACUUUUUUGCUAUAUCACGAGGGUUGAUACUACAGAUGGCUGGAGCAAUCGUUGCCUACGAAUUGGUAUUAAUACAAUUUUUCCCAAAUUCUUCAUGA